CAAAGUUGAUAUCAGAUUUUCGCCCCUGAGUGAUAUAGCUUAGUAUGUUAUAGCUGUAGAAAGGUACAUAGCAGCUCAUAAGAUCAAUAGGAUGAGAAUGUUUGAAAGUUGGUUUAGGCAGUUUGUCUUGUUGAUUUUGUUUAGUGGGAGAGAAAAAAACGCCACUUAUGUGUUGGGUAAUUUCGUAUUAAUAUUUUUGAGUAUCAAAUAAAUGAUCAACAAAGGAUAUAAGAAGCUGCGAGAAUCAAGGGCGUAUCUAAACUUGUAGUUACGGUAUUUGACCGGCCCGCCCAACCUCGUCAGCUGUCCGGAACUAAUCAAAAGAAAACUUCCGGAGGAGGUGAAGAGGUGUGAAAAGGUGAAGCCACCAUCUGAUAACAAAGAAAAUGUUCACUGUAGCCUUCUCUUCUCACAUCACAGUAGGAAUAAAUUAGAUUGUUUGUUUGUUGUAGUCUACUUGGUAACUAUGUCUCACGAACUCGCUUUUCGUUGUCGUGUCACCUCCAUUAUGGAAGCUUUGACAGCAACAGUCGUGCAAGAAAUCUGUCAAUUUAUGGGAGAAAGCUAUGCUGCUCUUCGAGUGGAAAUGUUGCAUGAACAAAAUAAAAAUGAGACAAGGAUGGAGAAGCCAGCGAACUGCCUUAAGAACGUUUCAAAACCUGUUAGCCCACCAAUUUUGGGAAACUUUCCAAUCGUGGGGCAAAUCCUCAAUAAACAAGAGGCCAACUAUCAUUGGCUAGAAGACGGUACUGUGUUUGAAGGCCUAGCAUCACCAGUGCCAGAGACGGAGAGACGAGAGCCAUCACAGCCCGCUGGUCAGAUUACAGACACGGUACCAUGGCCAGUAUGGCUCAUCAAACAGGAGGAAAUGGCUGAUGAUCUGGAAUCGGAAGGUUACGGUGAAUGGAUUCCAGAGACUCCCAAGGCCAAUCAGAAUAUCGCAGGAGAAAGUGAUGAGGAAGAGAGAAGUCCAGCCUCUGGGGGAUCCAGAGAACUUGGACUCGACGACUUCAAGAGAGAACAGAGUCCGUUGCUGGUGUCACCUGAGGAUGCUGCGACACCCAUAAAGACAAAGUAUAAAACACGCAUGUUAGAACACACCGGGAAGCCACGUUUUCGCUGCGAUAUCUGCGGUGAGAAAUUCCAGCGUCAGAGCGGCUUGACCAGGCACCAGCGGCACAAACACAACACCGUGAAAACCUACAGUUGCUCUGUGUGUGGGAAAGGGUUCACCUACAUCAAAUCCCUCAACACGCAUGAGCUCACUCACUCUGAUGUCUCUCUCAGUUCAACUAUAACUCUGGAUGAAGCCAAGGCAAGGAAAAGAGGUCUGACUGAUGAACCCACAGACAGAAAUGCAGCAGGAGAUAUGAUCAGUGCCAUCCUUCACUCAAAGCCAGGUGGAGAAAAGGUAUUCCAGGAGUAUGGGAAAACCAAAGGUCUUACAGAUAGCACACGGAGGCUGAUGGUGAACAUUAUUGUGGCCGACAUGAUGGAAAAUCAUGGUAGGAUCCCCCCAUCAAGUGUCCGCACCAACUACGCCCUGGGGAUUGUGACUUUAUUCCCCUACUUGAAUGAUCCAGAUUCAGAGCAUGGUUAUGAACAAUAUUACGACGCAGCUAGUGGUUCUGGUUAUCUGACCUGGAGAAUAAAGACAGUGGGGCGCAACAAAUCAUGUAAGAUCAAGAGGAGAACCAAGUCCACCUAUCAAAAUGGUCCCAAGGCUCAACACAGUUCCCCUUCAGCUGUUGAGGAACUGUUAGGUGAUGAAUGCAAAGGCACAGCUAAGUUCCUCCUGCACGAUGAACAAGUGUCCAUGUCUGAGGUCUCUAUAUGCUCAGUUGGGUCUGAUUCGUCUGGAUCAACUUUAACUCUAGAAAAAACCAAGGCAAGAAAAAGAGGUCUGACUGAUGAACCUACAGACAGAAAGGCAGCAAGAGAUAUGAUCAGUGCCAUCCUUCACUCAAAGCCAGGUGGAGAAAAGGUAUUCCAGGAGUAUGGGAAAACCAAAGGUCUUACGGAUAGCACACGGAGGCUGAUGGUGAACAUUAUUGUGGCCGACAUGAUGGAAAGUCAUGGGAGGAUCCCCCCAUCAAGUGUCCGCACCAACUACGCCCUGGGGAUUGUGACUUUAUUCCCCUACUUGAAUGAUCCAGAUUCAGAGCAUGGUUAUGAAAAAUAUUACGAUGCAGCUAGUGGGUCUGGUUACCUGACCUGGAGAAUAAAGACAGUGGGGCGCAACACGUCAUGUAAGACCAAGAAGAGAACCAAGCCCACCUAUCAAAAUGGUCCCAAGGCUCAGCGAAGUUGCCCUUCAGCUGUUGAGCAACUGUCGAGGGAUGAAUGCAGAGAGGCGAUAUCUGUGCUUCAGCAUACAACAACUAAUGAGUCACUGGUUCGAGAGAAGAUGAUGGCGACGUUCCAAUACAGACAGGAGGUGGUUCAUGAUCCGGAGAAGUCCUCAACUGUCCUAGAUGUCUUCCCCAGAUUCCUUGACACUACAGGCUUGAUCAACCAAGAUUUCACCAGACUUUUCGGAGAGGUGGUGUCUGGGACAUUUAUGGCGAAGUGGCCAACAUUUUUCAAACCCAGGGUCAUUGCAGAUUGCAAAACCCUUCCCUUUAGCGAACCUGUGGAAGACCUCCUCUCAUCUGCGCAGCAGGAAUCCAAUGAUUAUGGAUGGGAGAGUGACUUGGCAGCCAUUUUGUUGCUUCUGCAUCUCCUACCCCCGACCUCAAAGGGCCCGAAGACCGCAAAGAUCCGUACCUCUCAAGCUGCUGACCAUCUGGUUAGAUUUAUGAAGGUAGGGACAAGUAUGGUGACCUUCCUUGAGACGGUUAGACAUGAGCAGCAGCCCUUCCUCCUCUGUGUCGGUGAAAGGAAGAACAGCCUUCAGAAGUUUUACAUCGUCGUUGACCAGAAGGCCAUCCCAUGCAAGACCCAAACAUCAGUGGCAGCUUUUGAUGAGCUCUUUAAGGCACACUAUGUCUUCAGUGUGUCCUACCAUGAAGCGUUGUGUAACUUCUACACAUUCAUCCAGACCACCGUGUACGGUAUCGACGUGGGGAAGGCAAAGGAGUCCUCAAGAGUCAAGGAGAUUAGAGUAAGGCUGCUUAACAAAGACCAGGGGAGUGGUGCCGCCGGAGCGCAAGGGAGCGGCGCUCCGGCCCUUUUCUCAAUUUGAGAAUGUAAGUUAGUAGUUUAAUAGUUUAACACCAUCUGCUCUAUUUGGCUCCUGAAACAGUAACUCAAGAAGAUCUAAGUGCAUAUCCCCAUGAAGCUGAUUGAGAUCACAUGAUUGUCAUGCAGAUGCAGUCUGGACAUUUCACCGGUAAAACGCAAAGAAUUAUCAUUCACCAUUGACACUGAUGGCCUAUUUGUAAAUUAGAUAUGCCUGACUUGGUGUUUGAGGGUAUUACAAAUAACAUUUUAGUGAGAGAGUGUGGGCAUAGGGCACAUGUUGCAGUUGGAGGAUGCAUUUUGUAUUAUAAUAUUCAAUAGGUUACAUAUCUCAGUACAAACUGUGAUUGUAGAAUUAUGUAAAUCUCUUUUUGGGGGUCAGCUCCCACACCUAACAAAACAAAUGGCACUAUACCACUUACAUAGACACAUGAAUUGAGAUACUCAAGUGUUUACAUGUUUUAUUUGUAAAAUACACUAUAGUAGUUGUGCAUUGCUUUUUUUGACAUAAGUUUUUGUCAUGGUUUGUCAAAACGUACUUGAAUCUGGACAGCAAUUGUUGAUGUAAAGUAAAUAUAUACUGAACAAAUAUAAAUGUAACAAUUUUACUGAGUUACUGUUCAUAUAAGGAAAUCAGUCAAUUGAAAUAAAUUCAUUAGGCCCUAAUCUAUGGAUUUCACGACUGGAAAUACAGAUAUGCAUAUUUUGUUUCAGUACAUUUAAAAUAAAAAAAACAAGGCUCAAAGAAAACCAGUCAGUAUCUGGUCUGACCACCAUUUGCCUAAUGCAGCAAGACAUUUCCUUAGCAUAGCAUUAAUCCAUCCGGCUGUUGAGUGUUGUCCCACUCCCCUUCAAUGGCUGUGCGAAGUUUCUGGAUAUUGGCGGGAAUUGGAACAUGCCUUCUUACACGUCGAUCCAGAGCAUCCCAAACAUGCUCAAUGGAUGACAUGUCUGGAGUAUGGAAUUAUGUGCAGAUCCAUGCAACAUGGGGCCGUGCAUUAUCAUGCUGAAACAUGAGUUGAUGAUGGAGGAUUAAUGGCACAACAAUGGGCCUCAGGAUCUCGUCACAGUACCUUUACAUUAAAAUUGGCGUCGAUAAAAUGCAA